AUGGCCGCAGCCAUUACCGUUCGCGCCAGCUCCACUCAGAACGGAGUCAGCGGUCGGCAUGUAGCAGCCGCAGCCACCAUCAGUAUUGUCGAGCAGCUGAAGCCACCACGGAGUACCAGCUUUAUGCAGCACGCUUUCAAGCAGCAGCCGCAGCCACCAUCAAUGAACCAACCUUGCAAGGCCAGCCUCCUGUUGUCGAGCAGCCGAAGCCACUACCAAGUACCAGCUUUAGGCAGCCAGCACGCUUAG